UAGACUCAUUUCCUCCUCUUUUCCUCCUUGGUUCCAUGAUUUCAAUCAACCUAAUCUGACCACAAAUCACACCCCAUUUCACAAUUUUUUUUUUUUUUGGGGAUCUCAUAGCUCUGAGCCUCUGCUCACCGGUUUUCUUUCUGCUUGAAAUUUACUUUUUUUUUUUCUUUUUUGAAGAAGAAAUGGCUACAGUCAUUGGACAGGCUUUUCUGUCUGCCACACUGCAGGUAGCUCUUGAAAACUUAGCUUCACCUAUCUUGAGAGAAUUUGGUGCACGGAUUGGCAUCGACAAGGAUCUCAAGAAACUAACAAGAACUCUUGCGAAAAUUCAAGCUGUGCUUAAUGAUGCUGAGGCAAGGCAAAUAAAUGACAUGGCAGUGAAGCUUUGGCUAAGUGACCUCAAAGAAGUCGCUUAUGAUGCAGACGAUGUGCUAGAUGAGGUUGCAACUGAAGCUUUUCGGUUUAACCAAGAGAAAAAGGCUAGCAGCUUGAUCUCUCUAUCUAAAGAUUUUCUCUUUAAACUUGGGUUAGCUCCUAAGAUAAAGGAAAUCAAUGAGAGGCUAGAUGAAAUAGCUAAAGAAAGGGACGAGCUUGGUUUGAGAGAGGGAGCUGGAGCAACAUGGAUCGAAACGAGGGACAGGGAGAGGUUGCAAACUAGCUCCUUAAUCGACGAAUCCUGUGUUUUUGGUAGGAAGGAGGAUAAGAAGGAGAUUGUAAAUUUGUUAGUGUCUGAUGACUAUUGUGGAAAUGAUGUUGGGGUUCUUCCCAUCGUGGGCAUGGGAGGCCUGGGAAAGACAACUCUCGCUCAGCUUGUGUUCAAUGAUGAAACUGUCCAUUUCGAUUUGAAGAUGUGGGUUUGUGUCUCUGAUGACUUCAAUGCUCAAAGGCUGACAAAAUCGAUCUUGAAGUCUGUUAUAAGGGAAAGUUGUGAUCUCAUGCAUUUGAAUAUCGAUCUCAUGGAUUUUAAUAUCCUACAAACAAGUCUCCAGGAGAAGUUGAGGGGGAAAAGGUUCUUGCUUGUGCUUGAUGAUGUGUGGCAUGAGAAGAAAAGUGACUGGGAUGUGGUUCGCCUUCCUUUCAGAGCUGGAGCAUCUGGAAGUAAAAUCAUUGUAACUACCCGAAGUGAAAAGGUUGCAUCAAUCACGGGCACAUUUCCACCUUUCCGUUUGGAAGGUUUAUCUGAAAAUGAUUGCUGGUUGUUGUUCAAACAGAGGGCAUUUAUAGAUGGGAAUGAAGAUGCACAUCAAAACUUGGUACCAAUUGGCAAGGAAAUUUUGAAGAAAUGUGGAGGUUUGCCUCUGGCAGCAAAGACACUUGGGGGACUCCUACACUCGAUAACUGAAGUUUAUGAAUGGGAAAUGAUCUUGAAAAGCGAUCUAUGGGACUUGGAAGUGGAGGAGAAUGAAAUUCUGCCGGCUCUGAGGCUAAGCUACAAUCAUCUUCCGGCACAUCUGAAGCAGUGUUUCAUAUACUGCUCCAUAUUUCCAAAAGAUCACAAUUUUGAUGAGGAGAAGCUAGUCUUGCUAUGGAUGGCAGAGGGUUUUGUUAUUUCCAAGGGAAGGAGAUGCUUGGAAGAUGUUGCAUCUGGCUAUUUUCACGAUUUAUUGUUGAGGUCAUUUUUUCAACGAUCCAAAACCAAUCCCUCGAAGUUUGUUAUGCAUGACUUGAUUCAUGACCUGGCACAGUUUGUAGCUGGGGAAUCAUGCUUCACAUUGGAUGUCAAAAAAUUGCAAGACAUUGGAGAAAAAGUUCGGCAUUCAUCUGUGUUGGUUAACAAAUCGGAAUCAGUUCCGUUUGAGGCGUUCCGUACAUCAAAAAGCUUACGAACGAUGCUUUUGCUUUGCAGGGAGCCUCGUGCGAAGGUCCCUCAUGAUUUGAUACUCUCUUUGAGAUGCUUACGGUCACUAGACCUGUGUUAUUCUGCUAUAAAGGAGCUGCCAGAUUUAAUGGGAAAUUUGAGGCAUAUCAGGUUUCUUGAUCUCUCUCACACUUCCAUCAGGGUGCUACCUGAAUCAAUUUGCAGCCUCUACAAUCUGCAGACUCUGGUUCUUAUCAAUUGCAAGAAUCUCCAUGCUUUGCCUGGAGACACAAAUCAUUUGGUGAAUCUACGCCAUCUUAAUUUGACUGGAUGCGGGCAGCUCAUAUCCAUGCCUCCUGACAUUGGAAAACUAACUUCUUUGCAAAGGCUACACAGAAUUGUUGCUGGAAAAGGGAUUGGGUGUGGCAUUGGCGAGUUGAAGAACAUGAACGAGCUUCGAGCAACGCUUUGUAUUGAUACGGUUGGAGAUGUUCCUAACAUCACAGAAGCAAAGGAAGCCAACUUAAAGAAGAAGCAAUAUAUAAACGAGCUGGUGUUAAGAUGGGGCAGAUGUCGACCAGAUGGAAUUGAUGAUGAGUUGCUUGAAUGUCUAGAACCACAUACUAACCUUAGAGAAUUAAGGAUUGACGUGUAUCCUGGUGCGAAGUUUCCAAAUUGGAUGGGAUAUUCUUCGUUAUCCCACUUAGAAAAGAUCGAAUUCUUUCACUGUAACUACUGCAAAACCCUGCCACCUCUCGGGCAACUACCUUCUCUCAAAUCUCUCUCCAUAUAUAUGAUGUGUGAGGUCGAAAACAUUGGCCGUGAGUUUUAUGGUGAGGGAAAGAUUAAGGGGUUUCCUUCCUUGGAGAAACUAAAGCUUGAAGACAUGAGAAAUUUGAAGGAAUGGCAAGAGAUUGACCAUGGCGAAUUUCCGAAGCUCCAGGAGCUUGCUGUUCUGAACUGCCCCAAUAUUUCAAGUCUUCCAAAAUUUCCAGCUCUAUGUGAACUGUUGCUAGACGAUUGUAAUGAGACAAUAUGGAGUUCGGUCCCACUCCUCACCUCUCUAUCAUCGUUGAAAAUUUCAAACUUUCGGAGGACAGAAGUAUUUCCUGAAGGCCUUUUCCAGGCACUAAGUUCACUGAAAGAACUCAGGAUCAAGCACUUCUAUCGGCUGAGGACAUUGCAAGAGGAGUUGGGCUUACAUGAUCUUCCUUCCCUCCAACGCUUAGAAAUUUUGUUUUGUCCGAAACUAAGGUCAUUUUCAGGAAAAGGGUUUCCUCUCGCUCUGCAAUAUCUUUCAAUAAGAGCGUGCAAUGAUUUGAAGGAUCUACCAAAUGGGCUACAAAGUCUAUCAUCUCUUCAAGAUCUGAGCAUUCUCAAUUGCCCUAGACUUGUAUCUUUUCCAGAAGAGAAGCUUCCGAGCUCACUCAAGAGUUUGCGAAUUUCAGCAUGUGCAAACCUUGAAUCACUUCCUUCGGGUCUGCAUGAUCUCUUGAAUCUUGAAAGUUUGGGUAUACAAUCCUGCCCAAAGAUUGCAUCCUUGCCUACUUUGGGGUUGCCAGCCUCACUUUCCUCAUUGUCAAUCUUUGAUUGUGAGUUGUUAGACGAAAGGUGUCGCCAAGGUGGUGAAGAUUGGCCCAAGAUAGCUCAUGUUGCUCAGAAGUGGAUCGGAAAUUAUUGAAUCAAUGUCUUCGAAUUGAGAAAAACCUGUCCUGUUAGUUUGCCUGUUCUUCUUCUUUCUUGAACAUAUGCUAAAUUCUCAGAGUUAUUGGCACUUUAUUAUUCAUCUUGAUUUGUAUAACACAUGCUUAUAUUCCUUGCUCCUUUCCUGUGAACCAUUUUAGUAUUCUUAAAUUAAUAAAGAGUGGUUUAGAUCACCAAAAAUUACUCUAUAA